CGUGGCGCUGUGUUUGCCUAUAUUCAGCAACAAACACACAGUGAUGUUGUUAUGUAGUCAGUAAUUGUAACAGGAAAUAUUGAAGAAGGUGAAAUGACGGGGUUUGUACAUUCUUUCGAAGCGCAUACCGCUUCACCGUGUUGUCACUGACGAAGGAUACGGCUGCGCGUCGUCGUCGGGAGAUGGACGGGAGGACUGCGGAUGACAGGAGGACGAGUGAGGAAGCGGUCGACGGCCUCUGUCUCCAGCUUGACCUGGGGGACGCCGAUUCAGCCAAGAAGGCUCAGAUAACAGAGAUGCCGUCCCCAUUUGGAGUUGGCCAAGCCCAUGAGAAAAAGAUUGGCCACAGGAGAGUAGAUGCCUCUGGAGAGACGACAUACAAGAAGACCACCUCCUCUGCCUUGCAAGGGGCCAUCCAGCUGGGUAUUGGAUAUACUGUUGGCAACCUCAGCUCCAAGCCUGAGAGAGAUGUGCUGAUGCAGGACUUCUAUGUGGUGGAAAGCAUCUUCUUUCCCAGUGAAGGCAGUAACCUCACUCCGGCACACCACUUCCCAGACUUUAGGUUUAAAACCUACGCCCCUGUGGCCUUCCGCUACUUCCGAGAGCUAUUUGGGAUCCGACCAGAUGACUACCUGUAUUCUCUAUGUAAUGAGCCACUGAUUGAGUUGACAAAUCCAGGAGCUAGUGGCUCCAUAUUCUACGUAACCCGCGAUGACGAGUUCAUCAUCAAAACUGUUAUGCAUAAAGAGGCAGAGUUUCUACAGAAACUCCUUCCUGGAUAUUAUAUGAACUUGAACCAGAACCCCCGGACUUUGCUGCCAAAGUUUUUUGGCCUUUACUGCGUGCAGUGUGGGGGCAAGAACAUCCGAGUUGUUGUGAUGAACAACAUUUUACCACGCUCUGAACGCAUGCACCUCAAGUUUGAUCUGAAGGGCUCCACAUAUAAGAGGCGAGCAUCCAAGAAAGAAAGAGAGAAGUCCAAACCCACUUUUAAAGACCUGGACUUUCUGAAUGACGUUCCUGACGGCCUCACUCUGGACCAGGACACAUACAGCGCUCUGGUCAAAACUCUGCAGAGAGACUGCCUGGUUCUGGAAAGUUUUAAGAUUAUGGACUACAGUUUGCUGCUGGGGGUGCACAACAAGACCCAAGCGGAGCGGGACCGCCAGUCCCAGGGCUCGCCUGCAGGAGGCGGGGAUGAAAAGAAGCGUGCAGCUCAGAGAGCCUUGUAUUCAACUGCCAUGGAGUCUAUACAGGGAGGCUCCACAUGUAGGGACACGCUGGACCAUGAUGACACUAUGGGUGGUAUUCCAGCUGUGGGUGCUAAAGGAGAGCGCCUCCUGCUGUUCAUUGGAAUUAUUGAUAUCCUGCAGUCCUACAGAAUGAUCAAGAAACUUGAGCACUCUUGGAAGUCUCUCAUCCAUGACGGGGACACAGUGUCAGUUCACAGACCUGGUUUCUAUGCUGAGAGAUUCUACAAAUUCUGUAGCACCAUUGUCUUCAGGAAGAGCUGCUCACUGCGAUCGUCUCCAUCUAAGAGAGGACGAGGGGCUCUUUCCAUGUCCAAGUCCAGUGCUGGAACAGGUUCAGCUGGGCAGCGUCCCUCACUGACUGAAGACAAGCAGGAAAACCAGGACAACUUGGAGAACCUACAAGGAGCUCCCAGCUUCCCCAUGCUGGAGAACAAUGGGAGAGAGCCACCCUGCACCCCCCCUUCCUUUGAAGAUGCUACCACAGCUUCUAUCGCUACCACGCUGUCCUCUAACAACUCCUUACCCACCACUCCCUUCGAUACACCAGAGCACCCACGCUACAGGAGACAAAUGCAUUCCCCAAGUUUGGCCAGGUUACAGAAAGUUGAGGUUCAUGGGGAAAAGCAGGACACCAUAACAGUGGAGGUGGAGCUCAGUAAAAUCCCAAAGAGCACGGAGCUCACAGAGUUGACAGAAAUGACCUUCCCCAGCCAUCUGUCUCCUGAUCACCAGCCCCGUGUCAUCGCUUCAUCCACCCCUCUCUCUGUUAGUCCAUCCUCUGCAUAUUCCUCCUCCACUCUUCCUCCGUCUUUUGUGUCUUCCUCCUCCGCUGCACAAUCAGCGGGCCACUCGUCCUCCACACUUGCUUCGUCCAUCCGUCCGUCCACGAAACCGCUCACCUCUCCCGCAGCUGCUCAGUCUUCCACUCUUUCUUCUCCAGCCUCUCGUUCAGCCGCGCAACCCACACUUCUCACUUCAGCUCCAAACACCUCCGCCCUCUCUCCUGCCUCUGCGUUCACUCCCAUCUGCCCUGCAUCUCCUCACUCCUCCACAGAGAGCUCCUCUCACCGUCUGCCCUCGACCCCUCCCUCCUCCCACCCUCCAAGCCCCCAGGUGCCUCAGCCACGUACAUCGUGCAAUCAGCUUUCUGUGUCCAGCAGCCACAACUCAUUGGAAGGGGAGGUGCCAGUGUCUGACAUCUACUUUUAUGCAGAUGGCAGAUAUUGGGUGUACUCUCCGGUUCUUGGCCGUCGUAAGCUAAACUCUAGCUCAAGUUACAAUCAGACUCAGGAGGAUCGGGGCUGGGUGUACUCUCCUCUGCACUACGGCUCAGAAUCCAGAAGGGGCUCAGAUGGGGAGAGUGAGACAUAACAGAUGGGUGGAGCCAGAGGCCAAAUACAGAAGCUGUGAGGUUUUGAUAAAACAGCCACCAGGACACUGCUUGCCCAAGCUGCAUGUGAAAGCUUGCUUCGCCAGCAGAGACUAUUGGAAUGAACUCAUAGAAGCAUUCAAGUAUACAACAGCACAACCAUGCAUAUACUCACAUACAUUUAAAUGAACAUACAGAUAUACAACUAUCAAAAUAUUAUGCAACGAAAAUCAAGAAGCAUCAAUUCCUGAACAAUCUGACUGUCAUCAAGCAGAGAAAUGAACUUAAAUCAUAUGGUACAAUCAGCUGAGUGGCACUGUGAAUGAUUUUGGUGGCUGUUAAGUCAGGUAUAGCAGUCCUGCUGCCUGCUGUUUUUAGUUUUUUAGUGUUCACGAGUCACGCGGCACUGUGUCAGCUCUGGCUAUGCAAUAUGGGCAUACAUGUUAUUGAUUUCUCUGUUUGACUAAUGCAUAACUACUUCAGAGAGAGUUUAUGCAUUUAUUUUUCACUAGGAGAAUGUUAAAGCUGUAUAUGAUUUUAUUUUUAGCACUUUAUCAAUGUACAUGUGGCUGAGGUCAUUUGAAAUCAUAUAUUUUGUUCUUAUGUGUCAUCAGUUGCAAAGUUUCAAAACACUCACAUAAACACACAGUUCAAUAUUUUUUUUUGUGCUGAGUAUGCACAGUGUUCAGUUUUAACAGUGGUGUGGUCCACUUUAGAAACGUUGAUCUGACAAUGAAUGGUUGUGUUCAAAAUGCCUUAUUGACAAACUCAUUUUCAUAACAGUUUUUGAUAUUUCGGUCACAUGUAGGCCUAAUCGUUAAAAAAAAUAUAUAUAAAAUAUAAAUAUACAGAACAUUUUAUUGUGUGAGUAAAUACCAAAUCUUUGAAGCAGAUAUAGAAAUCAUGCAUUAACACCUUUUCAGAAUUUACAACCAACACAUCAAGACAAAACAAAAGGAAAAAAAAAUCUAAUGAUCUUUUGUAAAUUGUAGAUAAACCGUGUGUGUAAAGCACAUGCAUAUAAGUCUGUACUCGCCCUCAUGUCUCAGUGUGUGCAUGUUGUUUGCAUGCAGAUUGAUGUGUGAUUGGGAGAAAUGUAGUUGUGAGACUCUUCUGUUCUGCCUAUUUGUCAAAAGGUGUAACUUCUGUUUAUUGUUAUAAGCCAUGAACGUCUGAACCAGCUAUAAGCAUGUUGGCUGUGUGAGAAAAGUGACCCCCAGUCUUUAAAGAAACUGGACUAACCAUAAAUGACCAAAUUAAACAAACUGAGCUGAACUGAAAUCUAUUUUCUGAACAGUUUAGUCAGAAAAUAAAUCUGCUGUUGCCACCUUCCUUCCUCCAUACGUGGUGAUGCUUGUUGCAAUAUGAUUGACCAUUAUGAGACUUCCUGACUGUGUCGAUAAGCACUGCUAUAACAGAUUACUGUAUUAUUUGAAUCAGCUGAAGCUAA